AUGAGCGACGAGGGCGGCGCGACGGCGGCGCCCAUGGACAACGACGACCUCCUCGGCGAGAUCUUGCUCCGACUUUCCCCGCUGCCCACCUCGCUCCCCCGCGCCUCCGUCGUCUCCAAGCGCUGGGAACUCCUCGCCACCGACCCAGACUUCCGCCGCCGGUUCCUCGCCCACCACCGGAAGCCCCCCAUCCUCGGCGUCUUCGAGCAGCGCGACCGAACACUGGUAUUCACCUCCGUUCUCGACCCUCCCGACCGCAUCCCCCCCGCGCGCUUUGACCUGCCAGAUCCAGGCGGAUUAGCGUUUGAUUCAUGGACUCUGCCCGGGUGCCGCCACGGCUUCGUGCUUAUCCUCUUCCAGCGGCUGUCUCUGAUCCUUAUGUUUGAUCCUAUAUCCGUCGAUGUCCGCGCCCUGGCCAUUCCGCCGGGGUUCGGGCCCCGCGUGGAGUUUCCGCCUGAUUACACAAUUUGUGCCUGCACCAUCAGCGCAGCUGUGCUGUGCGAUGCGGGCAGCGACCAGGGCCACGUGCAUGGAGAUUGCCACAUGAGCCCGUUCAAGCUGGCUGUGGUAGGCACCUUCAGCGGAGGCCAACAUCCAGCAGUCGCCCGUCUCUACUCCUCAAAGACUGGCAUAUGGAGAAAAGCUGUCUGGACGGUGGGACCAUGUGCUGGUACAGUUAGCCGUCUCCCCUCCACCCUCAUCGGGAAUGCUCUGUACUGGUGGCUAGAUGAGUCUGAAGAUGAAAUACUCAAGUUCGAUAUGGGUAAGCGGAGAUUAACUGUGGUCAAGAGGCCUAAUUUUACAGGCAUUCCCAGCAGCUGCAUCAGGAUCAUCAGGGCCGAGGGUGGUGGUGUAGGCAUGGCUGUACUGUCGUACCCCAGCUUCCAAAUGUGGGGCCGCACGGUCAGCAAUGAGGGUGUUGCCUCAUGGAUUCUGCAGAAGACUGUCAACAUGCAUGAUAUCAUUGGUCUGCCGUCUGGGUUAGAGACAAAGGAUGAAUCUAUAGUGGGGUAUUCCGAGGAUGCCGAUGCAGCUUUUAUAUCAGUCUCCAGCAAUUCAGAGCACUAUACCUUUGUUGUACAACUAGAGUCGAUGAAGUCCAGGAAGCUCAAUCAGAAUCUUUUGGAGAAUUCAUAUCAUCCGUUCGCGAACUUCUAUACCGGAGGUACUGAUGGAGUGUGAAGUUCUGCUCCAGCCAUUGAGUCACCGCAGCAGCAGGAUCUAUCUCUAUAUCGGCAUACAUCUCUUGAGCCACUGACCUGACUUCAAAGGUUCUGCCAUUAAUUCCGUAUGAUCUGCGUAUUUCUUAUAACCUUGUUGAUACAGUGGGAUGGUUGACUCAUAAGUAACCUGCGAUUAGCUGUGAGAGAUCCUUGUCACUUUGUCAGUUGUCUGUAUUUUACCAGUUAACUCUGUCAGUUGUUGUGUCCGUAUAAUACCUUAUGAGUUAUGACUAAUGUCACAGCAAUGCUGAUGCUGUGGUACCUGGGUUAUGUUUUCUUUUUUGUGUGGAAACAUCAUGCUUAUGUGUGUUACUGGGUGCCGCUUGUAGGAGAUGGAACCUCAUUUCCUGUGGUAUCCAUAUCAAAUGAUGAAGUCUACCCCUGGGUGUUGGAGUGCUAGAAUGAAAUUCUUAAGCCAUGUCUUUUACUCUGAACUUUUUCCUCUAGAUUUUCGACCCUAGUUUUAAUGGUUGAGGGCUGAGGGUGUAAAAUUUGGACAGUUUUGAGUUUGGGUGAAACCAAGGUAGUUAUCAAGGAAACAAAAGUAAACUUAUCCCUUUAACUGAAGUGUGCAUGCCAAUGCAAUCCCACCAGAUGUAGACUUUCUUUAAGUGACGUUAGACUACUCGGGCUGGGAGACCAGUGGUUGGCGAUCGUGGGUCGUUUGUUCUGGUAGUCGUUUCAUUCUUUCCCGCUGCUGUACACUUGUUUUUAUUGAAACUCAUGUACUUUGGUUAUUUAGUCGCCAGUGGGGUCUCCUUUCUCGUUGGUCCAGUUGGCAACGGCCGCUUUUCCCAGAUGCUUUUCGUCCAUUGCUCCUGAAUUAGCCAUGAGGCACAAAGUUGGGUUUUAUAGGUAGGCACAAAGUUGGGUUUUGUAGGUAUGCCCUUCGUGCACACAUUAUCCGAUAGAUCAUAUCUGCAGUGUCCAAGUGGUGUAUUUUUUUUUGGUUAGCUUAUUUGCCUUCUCUUUAACGCACAACCCUCUCCUUGUUUGCCAUGUGUCUGCAUGCUUCGGGUUGGUGAAGAGCCGCUAUGGUAGUUUUCACUCCCACCAUACUCUUCUCUAGCUAAGCUGCCUAGUGCCUGACACUAGGCCAUAUCUACUGUUGGGCCUGCAUGGCAGCUGGGUUCUCCUUCCCAUAGUAAGAACCUAUCAAGCGGGUGGUCAAAGCCGACACCUCAUGGUGAAUAAUAAUGCAGCCCCCUCUCCCCCCAACUCUGCGCUCCCUCCUUUCCUUUCUUGUCGUGCCAUCUGGCAUGCUGUCGAGCUACUGCAUCCGUAAUGGCCGACAGCGUGUAACCAUCGGUAUGAGCCUCUUACGAGUGGCUCGAGGCAACAGCGUCCACAUCCACAAUGAUGGGCGGUGUUGAAAACACCGAGCUUUAAUCCAUCCAAAUAUUUUUUUCCUGUUUUUUCCAUCAAUAUUUUGUUCAUAAACGUCACCUAUCUAUAGUUUGGCUAUUAGAUUAGCGAGUGGUCAAAGCCCACACCUCAUGGUGACUAAUAAUGCAGCCCCUCUCCUACCAGCUCUGCGCUCCCUCCUUUCCUUUCCUGUUGUGCCAUCUGCAUGCUGUCGAGCUACUGCGUCCGUAAUGGCCGACAGCGUGUAACUAUCGUUAUGAGCCUCUUACGAGUGGCUCGAAGCAACAGCAUCCACAUCCACAACAAUGGGCGAUGUUGAAACACCAUGCCCAUUAAUCCAUCCAAAUAUUUUUCCUGUUUUGUCCAUCAAUAUUUUGUUCAUAAACGUCACCUAUCUAUAGUUUGGCUAUCAGAUUAUACUGAAGCAGACUUGCUACUUCAGUUACAGCCACAUUUUAGGGAAAUAUCUUAAUAUGGCGUCCGACAAUGUUCUGUGAUCAUUAUGGUGCCACGUAGGGACCCACGGCGUCGUUAGAAAGUCCGUUACCACCCCUGGUAAAAUUGUUUAUUUCAACUGUAUUGAGCUUCUUUCCUAUCCAAUUUACGAAAGAUGUUUGACUCACUUAGUUGGAAAUUCUAAGGGUGUGUUUGGUUUGUGCCCAAGAUUGCCCUACCAAAAUUUUGGCUAGCCAAUAUUCGUGAUAGGCUAGGGGUGGCACCGAUCGAUGAGAAGCUAGUCCAACACCGACUAAGGUGGUUUGGGCAUAUCCAGCGGAGGCCUCCAGAAGCUCCCGUUAACAGUGGGACUCUAAAGAGUAUGGAGGAGACUAGAAGGGGUAGAGGACGACCAAAGUUGACGUGGGCGGAGGCGAUAAAAAGAGACAUGAGGGAUUGGAAUGUACCUAAAGUCUUGGCUCUUGAUAGGAAUGCAUGGAGAUCAGCGAUCCAUGUGCCGGAACCUUAGUCACUCGCUUCUUUUCUCUUUCCUUUUUUUCCCUUUUUUUUUCCUUCUUUUUUCUUUCUUCUUU